GAUUAUGAUAUAUAAAAUUUUUAUUUUAGGAGUCUUAAAGUUUUCAGAUAAUGUUUUAAUAUCUAAUGAAUAGGUAAAUAGGUUUUUGCCUGAGUAAUAUGCUUAGUGCAUAAAUACUUAGUGUUUCUAGAUUGCCCUUUUUCUGAGCAUCCCAAUUUCUAAGACACCUAGCUUUUAUGUUAAGUAUGUACUUUUAUCAAUGAAAGACUUUUAAUGAGGGAAUUCAUAAUUUUACUCUUCAAAAACAUACCUAAUAUAAGAACCUGGAUAUAGGGCUGCAGCUCCUGCACUCGCAGCUGCCUGCCUGCCCCUCCCUCUCCUCCUACCAGUGCCACAGACCCGGAGCCGGAGCCGCCGCCGCCACAGCCACGGACACUAUGGCUUCUGGAGUUACAGUGAAUGAUGAAGUCAUCAAAGUUUUUAAUGAUAUGAAAGUAAGAAAAUCUUCUACACAAGAGGAGAUCAAAAAAAGAAAGAAAGCUGUUCUCUUCUGUUUAAGCGAUGACAAAAGACAAAUAAUUGUAGAGGAAGCAAAGCAGAUCUUGGUGGGUGACAUUGAUGAUACUGUAGAGGACCCCUACACAUCUUUUGUGAAGUUGCUGCCUCUGAAUGAUUGCCGAUAUGCUUUGUACGAUGCCACCUACGAAACAAAAGAGUCUAAGAAAGAAGACCUAGUAUUUAUAUUCUGGGCUCCUGAGAGUGCACCUUUAAAAAGCAACAUGAUUUAUGCUAGCUCUAAAGAUGCCGUUAAGGGGCGCCUGGGUGGCUCAGUCGGUUGAGUGUCCGACUUCAGCUCAGGUCACCAUCUCACAGUCCGUGAGUUCGAGCCCCGCGAUGGGCUCUGGGCUGAUGGCUCAGAGCCUGGAGCCUGCUUCCGAUUCUGUGUCUCCCUCUGUCUCUGCCCCUCCCCCGUUCAUGCUCUGUCUCUCUCUGUCUCAAAAAUAAACAUUAAAAAAAAUUAAAAAAAAAAUAAAGAUGCCGUUAAAAAGAAAUUUACAGGUAUUAAACAUGAAUGGCAAGUAAAUGGCUUGGAUGAUAUAAAAGACCGUUCAACACUUGGAGAGAAAUUGGGAGGCAAUGUAGUAGUUUCUCUUGAAGGAAAACCCUUAUAAAGUGCCAGUCAAGUGCCAUCUGGAUCUUGAGGAGCUUCCAUUUCUCCAGCUCAAUCAAUUGAAAUAGUGUUAGGUGUUUUUUGUUUCUGUUUUUGUUUUUUUUUCUCUUCCCACUGGGUCCUUCCAAUACAGUGAAUGAAGGGAAUACCAUUCAUGUAAGCAGCCUAUCAGUGAUUGCCAUUAGACUGUUUAAUACUGUUACUUUUAUGUAGAACCCAAGGAAUGCCUUCCCGUCAUAUUUUAGCCAAAACAACUGGUUAUAUGCCUCCCUUGCAGCAAGCACUACAGUGAAAGUGAUUGUCAAUGUGAAUAGCUUAGAAUACUGCAAAGGGUAAGCUGAUUGAAUGCCUUGAAAGUAUUAUCCACUGGUCAGAUGGUAAACUUUAUUCAGUAUUAUUUAUAGUUUCACUUGAUUGUAGUUCUGUGAGGCUUGAGCAUUCAUACACCUCAUCUGCCUUGACAAGCCUAUUUUUGUGACAUGGCAGCACAGAUAUAACACUAUGCAUUGAAAGCACUUUUUUUGUAAUGAGUUUAACUCACUCUCCAUCCCCCAAAAGGAAUGCCAAUUAAGUUUUGUUAACAGUGUCACCAGCUUAUCCUAGUACCUCAGUAUUCAUUCCUGUUACCUGCAUAUCUUAAAAGAAACAGCUGUUAAUGCCUUUUUGUUUUCCAUUGAGCGUACACUACUGAAUAAGUGUAGGAGUUUACGUUUACCAUGUAAGUUUGGCAACACUAAAAAUAUUUUGAAUAUCAGUCAUGAUGGCAAUUUCUGUAUAAAAGAGCCUUAAAUGGAACAUUGUUUUUGAGAUCAAACUCCUUACCCUCACAAAAAUGACCACAUCGCAAUAAAAGUUGUGGCAUAUUACCAAAAGAAAAAAAAAAAAAAGAACCUGGAUAUAAAUAAUGGAAAGGAGAUCUUGGGUGGAUAAAAAGGGUGGAUAAAAAUACUUAUCACAUAAGGUUGUUGGGCACUAUAAUGCAUCAAUUAAAGGAUUUUAUUAUAUUCCUUCUUCCUCAUUUCAGCCAUAUGAAUUACUUAUCUUUCAAUAUUCAGCUUAUAGAUCAUUUUAUUCCCCAACCUUGAUUUUUCCCUUUCAAAGGAGAGAUAGGUGUGCCCUCCUGUGUGUGUCCAUAGAAAUUGUUUUU